AUCGGAUGUCUAUGUCGGAUCCUAGAUCAGAUGAUCUAAUUGAUCAAGAUAUGCAACGUUAUUAUAACUUAUAGGUGGAACAUAUUCACUUAGUUGAAAAUGAAUGAGGAUGUAAAGCAAAGAGGAGAAUUUGACCUUCCAUUGUCUGCCAACAUAUCAGAAAUUCAAGUUCAUCACUACAUGAUUCACCUACAAUGUGAUCUUCACCGUCAAGUUUUUCAUGGAAGUACAACUGUCUUUUUUACUCAUCGAGCUAAUAUCAAGUCAAAAUUGGAACAGAAAGUCUGCUCGAGUUCUUCAAAAGGUGAAGUUUGUGAAGGAGAUUCCAGUAUAACUACUUUAGAGAGCAGUGAUACAGUCAGGGAACCAGAGAGCAGUGAUACAGUCAGGGAACCAGAGAGCAGUGAUACAGUCAGGGAACCAGAGAGCAGUGAUACAGUCAGGAAACCAGAGAGCAGUGAUACAGUCAGGAAACCAGAGAGCAGUGAUACAGUCAGGGAACCAGAGAGCAGUGAUACAGUCAGGAAACCAGAGAGCAGUGAUACAGUCAGGGAACCAGAGAACAGUGAUACAGUCAGGGAACCAGAGAACAGUGAUACAGUCAGGGAACCAGAGAGCAGUGAUACAGUCAGGAAACCAGAGAGCAGUGAUACAGUCAGGGAACCAGAGAGCAGUGAUACAGUCAGGGAACCAGAGAGCAGUGAUACAGUCAGGGAACCAGAGAGCAGUGAUACAGUCAGGGAACCAGAGAGCAGUGAUACAGUCAGGAAACCAGAGAGCAGUGAUACAGUCAGGGAACCAGAUUUGCCUGGUAUUCAGCCCAUUAGACAUAAUGAGAGACUUUUGCAUAAAUCUCAUAAUUCAGGAGAGAAGGAAGAUGCCAGGAAGUAUAAUGUGCCUCCAAGAAAUGUGUCUUAUUCAGGAGAGAGAAAACGAGAUGUAAAUAGAGCCUCUAACAGCUUUGACAUCGAUGCCUCACCAAGCAAGCAAAUGAGGAAUUUAACCUCUUCAUGUGAGGAUGCACAUGUGUCUGCUAAUUUCUUGGAAAAUUUGAACUCAAGACAAACUAAUGAGGAUUUUACAUUGAUAUUAGACUGCUAUAAGUUGGAAAUACGAAGUGUCUCAGAGGAGAAAGUUGAAACAAGCAUUAAUUCAGAAUCAUUUAGUUCACAGAACUGGCCUGUAGAAAAAAGCCAUAUAUCUGAUACAUUGCUUCAGUAUGAACUAGGUGACCAAUGUGUAAAAAUUCAAGUGCCUGGUCACAAUGGGGAUGCAGAUUUGAGAGCUAUUAAAGUAUCAUACAAAACAGCACCGAGUGGACAUUCCCUGAAGUGGACAGAGGAUCAAGAUGGCAAUGAUUGUGUAUACACACAUGGACACUGGAUCAACAACCGCUCCCUGUUUCCCAGUCAGGAUGUUCCCGAGGCCCUGGCAACUUGGCAGGCCUAUAUAACAGUACCUCAGGGACUCACAGUCAUCAUGAGUGGGGACCACAAUCCACAGUGUAAAGAUUCUAUAAAUGGCUUAACUUGUUACUACUUUUGGACCGCCUUUCCCAUGCCAAGCUCUACUCUUUCUCUCGCUGUUGGACAUUGGACAGAAUGUAAAAAGCCUCAAAUACAGGAUAAUGAGGUGGUCCCUUACCGUGUGUUCAGCCCUGAGGUCUUGAUGACAUCCAUGGCUGAUGUCCACCGGUACGCCCCAGUGUGUAUGGAGGCAGUCACUGCUGUACUGGGACAAUAUCCAAUGAAAAGACAGGAUAUUCUUGUGGUACCAACUUCUUUUGACAGUUUAGGAAUGGCAAGUCCCAACGUUCUUUACCUAUCCCAGUCCCUCCUACAUCCAGAUCUCUCCAUGUUUUACCGCCUUGCCCACGAGGUGUGUCACACUUGGUUUGGUAUUGUGAUUGGUCCAGCUGACUGGACAGAGGAAUGGCUGACUGAGGGGUUCUGUACUUAUCUGGAGGAUAUCAUACACACCAGGGUUCUAAGGAGACUGGGGAAAAUAUCAGAAGAGGAGGAAUAUGUUAUCCGUGAUCUAAGAGACCUUGUUAAAUUCCGAAUCCUAACUGCUGAACUUCAGAACACAGUGGGCAGCCUUCAGACACUCCUACCAGAUUGCUCUGAAUCAGGAGGUAACAAAACUUUUGUUAAAAAUGGAAUGAAUCCUGAGAAGAAGUACUUACAAGUCCAUUACCUCAAGGGAUAUUUUCUGCUAAGAUAUUUAGAAAAGUUGGCAGGAUCUGUGAAAUUCCUAGAGUGUCUUAGAAAGUAUGUGCAACAUUUCCAUGGGAAACUUGUUUCCUCUCAGGAAGUGCUGCAAUUUUUCAUCCAGGAAUGUGAAGAAAUUUUGGCAGCUGGAGUAACUGCUGCAGAACUGUCGUCUGCUUGGCUAGAGUACUCAGGAAUUCCAUCAGCAUUACUGAGCAUGGUAGAAAAAGAAAACAAUGGGGUGUCUUAUAUAAAGAAACAGGUUGAAGCAUUUUGUGCUAGUUGUAAGAAAAGAAAGACAGAGCUCUCCAUAAUCGAUGAACUGAAGGAUUGUAACCCAGAUGAACUGCUUCUGUUCUUGGAAUUACUCUUGGAUGAAAAUGAUAUUCCUUGGUUUGGUUUAUCAUGCCUCAAGAAAAAGUAUCAGAUACAAACAUGCAAUGCAGAGAUCAAACAUAGAUGGUGUGAACUGGUAAUAAAGUGCAAACAACGACACAGUCAUUUUCAUGGAGAUAUUCAGGACUUCCUCAUAGAACAUCAGGGCAUGGGAGUAUACUUGUAUGGGGAACUUAUGCUGAGUGGAAAAAGACCAUUGAUCAAUCUAGCCCACAAAUGUUUUCAACAACUACAACAUAGCAUGAGUACAGACACCUUCACCACUGUACACACCAUGCUGUUUGGGGAAUGAUGUACACUGUACACAUCAUGCUGUUUGGGGAAUGAUGUACAUUGUACACACCAUGCUGUUUGGGGAAUGAUGUACAUUGUACACACCAUGCUGUUUGGGGAAUGAUGUACACUGUACACAUCAUGCUGUUUGGGGAAUGAUGUACAUUGUACACACCAUGCUGUUUGGGGAAUGAUGUACAUUGUACACACCAUGCUGUUUGGGGAAUGAUGUACAUUGUACACACCAUGCUGUUUGGGGAAUGAUGUACAUUGUACACACCAUGCUGUUUGGGGAAUGAUGUACAUUGUACACACCAUGCUGUCUGGUGAAUGAUGUACACUGUACACACCAUGCUGUUUGGGGAAUGAUGUACAUUGUACACACCAUGCUGUUUGGGGAAUGAUGUACAUUGUACACACCAUGCUGUCUGGGGAAUGAUGUACACUGUACACAUCAUGCUGUUUGGGGAAUGAUGUACAUUGUACACACCAUGCUGUCUGGGGAAUGAUGUACACUGUACACACCAUGCUGUUUGGGGAAUGAUGUACAUUGUACACACCAUGCUGUCUGGGGAAUGAUGUACACUGUACACAUCAUGCUGUUUGGGGAAUGAUGUACAUUGUACACACCAUGCUGUCUGGGGAAUGGUGUACACUGUACACAUCAUGCUGUCUGGGGAAUGAUGUACAUUGUACACACCAUGCUGUCUGGGGAAUGAUGUACAUUGUACACAUCAUGCUGUUUGGGGAAUGAUGUACACUGUACACAUCAUGCUGUCUGGGGAAUGUUGUACGCUGUACACACCAUGCUGUCUGGGGAAUGUUGUACGCUGUACACACCAUGCUGUCUGGGGAAUGUUGUACGCUGUACACACCAUGCUGUCUGGAGAAUGAUGCACAAAGUUUCCCUACCUUUCUGGAAGAAACCUCAAAUAAUGGGGAGUACAUGUAACAUUGUAUAGCAGACCUUGCUCAGUUAAUGCAGGUAGGAUUGAAGUUGAUUAUGGCAGAUGGUGAAUGUAGUACCCAGUUUUAUUAUGUGUAGUAGAGGGAAGGCUGCCGGUAUCUGUUUAUUAUGUGUAGUGGAGGGAUGGCUGCCGGUAUCUGUUUAUUAUGUGUAGUGGGGCUGCCGGUAUCUGUUUAUCAUGUGUAGUAGAGGGAAGGCUGCCGGUAUCUGUUUAUCAUGUGUAGUAGAGGGAAGGCUGCCGGUAUCUGUUUAUCAUGUGUAGUAGAGGGAAGGCUGCCGGUAUCUGUUUAUUAUGUGUAGUAGAGGGAAGGCUGCCGGUAUCUGUUUAUUAUGUGUAGUAGAGGGAAGGCUGCCGGUAUCUGUUUAUUAUGUGUAGUAGAGGGAAGGCUGCCGGUAUCUGUUUAUCAUGUGUAGUUGAGGGAAGGCUGCCGGUAUCUGUUUAUCAUGUGUAGUAGAGGGAAGGCUGCCGGUAUCUGUUUAUCAUGUGUAGUAGAGGGAAGGCUGCCGGUAUCUGUUUAUCAUGUGUAGUAGAGGGAAGGCUGCCGGUAUCUGUUUAUCAUGUGUAGUAGAGGGAAGGCUGCCGGUAUCUGUUUAUCAUGUGUAGUAGAGGGAAGGCUGCCGGUAUCUGUUUAUCAUGUGUAGUAGAGGGAAGGCUGCCGGUAUCUGUUUAUCAUGUGUAGUAGAGGGAAGGCUGCCGGUAUCUGUUUAUUAUGUGUAGUAGAGGGAAGGCUGCCGGUAUCUGUUUGUAGGUCCUGGUCAUUUAUUAUACCAAGUACUCAACAUUUUAACUUGCAUUGUGCUAUACCAGCUGCUGUGAAUAGUAAAUAACAAUGUCAUUGUAUCAAUUAAAGUUGCUAAACUAAAUUUCGAAUUAGCAAUUUGGAAACUUUCUCAAAAGACCAGAGACUUCCAGUAUAUGGAAAUUUGAAGCGCAUGCAAGUUUUUUCAGCAUGAAGAUUGUGACUUGAAAUAUUUAUUUGGCUCAAUAAUUCAUCCAAAACGAGACGUAUAACUGAACUAUAUGUACAGAUAAUUGGAUUCUUAUUGGUUUUCAUUAUACAAAUGGAAUGGAUCAGUUAUGUUGCAGUAUGUCAUUUUCAGAAAUAUUGCCAAAGCAUUAAAUCAUUUACAGUUCA